AUGACAUCUUAUGGCGAAUACGCCGACAAGGAACAACCGGUAAGGUCGCUGAAGAAGAAAAGUGGAGAUGAAAAUACACCAUGGGAAUCAAUCUACGUGGCCUCUUCAUGUUGCUUCAUACAAUCACUUCAGUACGGACUAUUUUCCUCAUCUCUUUGGCCAUAUUUAAAGCGCGAUUAUAUGGAUCUUUUAAUUUUUGAGCUGGAUCCUUCCGUAAGUGAAUCAUUUUUCGGCUACAUCGUCGCGGUGUACAGUCUCGGCCAGUGCGUGUCAUCACCGGUUUUCGGUUAUUGGAGCAAUCGUAUCAAACAGGUGCGCGUACCAACGAUCUUUGGGCUUAGCAUUGUGCUGCUUGGCAAUCUGAUCUAUAUUCUCAUAAAGAUGCUACCUACUAGCCAUGGAUAUGCUAUGGCCAUAUCGAGAGCACUAAUUGGAAUCGGAUCAAGUAACGGAGUCCUUUUGCGAGCCUACGCUUCGAUGGCGUCGACUCCUGCCGACAGAUCAAGGGCGAUUGGUUGCGUGGCAGCUGGAAUUUCUAUAGGAUUGGUUAUUGGGCCAGGCCUCCAAGCAUUAUUCACUCCACUAGGUGAAGACGGUGUACACCUUCUAUUCGGUUGGUCUCUCCAUAUCUAUAACGCUCCUGCGUUUCUUGCUGCAACUAUUAACGUUUCUGGUAUACUUCUAAUAUACUUCUUGUUUGAAGAGAAGUACGCCGGACUUAAAGAAGACAAUGAGGCGACAACAUUACCACCUCCUGAUUUCGUAGCAGUGGGAGUCUGUAUAGUAACUCGUUUCACACAGCUGUCGGUGUCAACGAACAUUGAGACGUAA